GUUACCGGGUUUGUAAACCUGGAAGAAAGAAUAGUGAAGACUACGCAAGGGAAAGUAUCGUCGGUCACUCAAUUGACCAUUUAAAGGACAUAGGAUUGGUGAUCUUUGCAUGCCAGCGGUUGCACCUUUUUGGCGACAUGUUUCAAAACUUAAGCCCCGACUACGAUUCCUCGUCUCGCUGCAGUACUGCAUCUCCUCCCGGGGACAUCCUUGCAUACAACCAGCAAUCUCCAGCAAAUUCGGUUUCUGCACCCUCCGCUUCAUCGAUGGAGAGUACGGAGCAGGAAUUCUGCACUGAAAUGGAUGUGUCUGGAUCCCCCUUUGUUCCAACUGUCACUGCAAUUUCCACCACCCCAGACCUGCAGUGGAUGGUCCAGCCAACCAUAAGCACGUCUGUUGCACAGUCUCACAAGGCACAGAGCGCCACGCAGGCGACUCGCAAAGCAUGCAGCAGCAAGGGACAGACCGCUGCCAGAAAGGCAAAGAACGAGCAGCUCUCCCCGGAAGAGGAGGAGAGGAAGAGGAUCAGGAGGGAGAGGAAUAAAAUUGCUGCGGCGAAGUGCCGCAACAGACGGAAGGAACUCACCGACACCCUGCAAGCCGAAACCGACAGGCUGGAGGAUGACAAGGCUGUGCUGCAGGCGGAAAUAGCCAGCCUCCUGAAGGAAAAGGAGAGGCUGGAGCUCAUCCUGGCUGCCCACAAGCCACUCUGCAAAAUCCCGGACGACACGGAGGCCGACUUCCGGGAGCCUCUGGACUCCCCCCAGCUCCUCUCUGCCCUGGAGGAGGGGAAGCUCCCCGAGGGUGGCGCGGCGGAUGCCCCCUCACUGCCGGAGCUUGACGGGUCCACCGUACCUGCCGUCCCCACUGCUGCUGCCGCCAUCUCCGGGAACUCCAACAUCCUGCUGUGUGCCAGCGCCGAGGCCAGCCCCUGCGACCUGGAGGCUUCACUCGACAUGAAGGAGGAGCCCCUGGACGGCCUCCUCCCCGGCACAGGGAGGGCCGCUGCGGAGACAGCACGCUCCGUCCCAGACGUCGACCUGAGCGGCUCCUUCGGGGCCACAGACUGGGAGACGCUCUACAAGUCCGUGUCUGGCGACCUUGAGCCCCUGAGCACGCCCAUCGUGACUUCCACCCCAUCCUGCAACAGUUACCUGUCCCUCUUCUCAUUCACUUACCCGGAGUUUGACCCUUCGACCUGUGAGGGUGAGCACUGCAAAGGGGGAGAGGACAGAACCGAUCUGGCGAUAGAUAUCCUCAAUUCUCCCACCCUGUUGGCUUUAUAAUGGCCGACGUCAGAAAAGAUAAUCAGCUGGACAGAGAGUGAAGAUCGACGGGACUCGAUCCCAUCUAAUGUGACAUGGUGUCUGUUCUUUAAUGUGAUCAAGCUUUUGAUCCAGAGGUUGCAUCCAUGAAAUGUUUACUGUUGCCAAAUCAAUAUUAACUUCUUCCAAAACACAACGGUAUAGGUAAAAGCAUGGAAAUUCAUAUUUCUGACAGAGAUGUUAAAUAUGUGCAGGUAUUAAAAGCAUGCAGAAGGGUGCCAUAAAUUUUGAAGAGUAUUUUGGUUUUUUCUGAUGUUAGAUCUUUUAAUGUAUUGUGAUGUCCCGUUUUGUGUUUCGAUUGAACUGUAUGUUAAUGUGUAAUAUUGAAUAUAGUGUCUGGGAGUACACAUGAUAUCCAUUGCGUUUGCA